UUCGCUGCUGUGCUUUGGCGUGCUCCGGCUGCCUGCAGAAGACUGACGGAAAAAAGUUUAGGAAGUCCUGUGAAAGCUGGAGUUGGCUCGUCUCAACAGACAUGAUUCCGCCCGCAGAAUCAUUACUUAAAUAUGAUAAUCCGGUGCUGGUCACUAGGAAUACAGAGAAAAAAUCGCCAAAGGCCCGGUCAUUGAAAGUGAGUCCGCAGCAAGUAGUGAUAACUGGCCCAGUGCCACCUCCUCCCAAAUCCAAGUCACCUUCACUGGAUGUUAACAAGCAAACAGAAGAAAUCCUCAAUGCCAUUUUGCCACCAAGAGAAUGGACAGAAAACAAUCAGCUGUGGGUACAGCAAGUUUCAAGCACUCCCUGUACCCGCAUGGAUGUGGUCCACCUACAAGAACAGUUAGAUCUGAAACUACAACAAAGACAAGCCCGGGAAACAGGGAUCUGUCCAGUCCGCAGAGAGCUCUACUCACAGUGUUUUGAUGAGCUCAUCAGACAGGUCACUAUAAAUUGUGCUGAGAGGGGACUGCUGCUACUGAGAGUUCGUGAUGAGAUCCGUAUGACCAUUGCUGCAUACCAAACCCUUUAUGAAAGCAGUGUGGCAUUUGGGAUGAGAAAGGCCCUGCAGGCCGAACAAGGAAAAUCAGAUAUGGAGAAAAGGAUAUCAGAUUUGGAAGAUGAGAAGAGGGAUUUGGAAAGGCAACUAAAUGAACAGAAAGCAAAAUGCGAUGCCAUUGAAAAGCGAGAGGCUGAGCGAAGGCAGGUUGAAGAGAAGAAGCACAAUGAGGAGCUUCAGUUUCUCAAGCGAACUAAUCAGCAGCUUAAGGCACAGCUGGAAGGUAUUAUUGCUCCAAAGAAGUAGGAAGAACCCAAACACUUCAAAAUGUACUUCUUUAAUGCUGCGGUUUAGUGAACUCCU